UGUAUUUUAAAAAAAUUUAUAAACCAGUACAGGUCAGCUCCAGCUUUGGAUGACCAGGGAAGUCUAACGAGACUUGAAGAACGAUCCUCCGACCAGCUUCUCUCGCUCUACUGUCUCUGACAGCUCCCUCUCCAACUCCUCAGACCGUUCCCAAUUCUGUCUCAAAACGAUGCCGUCUCGAAGAAGAACCCUCCUGAAGGUCAUCAUCCUCGGCGACAGCGGGGUGGGGAAGACUUCUUUGAUGAAUCAAUAUGUAAAUAAGAAGUUCAGCAAUCAAUACAAAGCGACGAUUGGAGCUGAUUUUUUGACAAAGGAAGUUCAGUUUGAAGACAGGCUCUUCACCUUGCAGAUCUGGGAUACAGCUGGCCAGGAACGAUUCCAAAGCCUUGGUGUAGCUUUUUACCGUGGUGCUGAUUGCUGUGUUCUUGUUUAUGAUGUUAAUUCAAUGAAAUCAUUUGAUAACCUUAACAACUGGAGGGAAGAAUUUCUUAUUCAGGCAAGUCCUUCAGAUCCAGAAAAUUUUCCAUUUGUUGUCAUAGGAAACAAGGUUGAUGUAGAUGGUGGAAAUAGUAGAGUGGUUUCAGAGAAAAAGGCUAGAGCUUGGUGUGCAUCAAAAGGAAAUAUUCCAUACUAUGAAACCUCUGCCAAGGAAGGCAUUAAUGUGGAAGAAGCUUUCCAGUGCAUAGCAAAGGAUGCUCUGAAGAGUGGGGAGGAAGAGGAGAUAUACUUGCCGGAUACCAUUGACGUUGGAAGCAGCAAUCAGCCAAGAUCAACUGGAUGCGAGUGUUAAAUAUUCUACCGGAAUUCUUUUCCAGUAAAAAAUAAGUCAUCUUUGGAAGUAUAUUUGUUGGUACGUAUGCAGUGACACUGUACAUUAGUGUUUGUGUGGGAAACAAAUUGGUCUCCUCGUCAAUGCUUUUUUUCAGAUAGGUUGGAUGUUGCCUUUCGUUCUGAGUUCUGUUUGUUCUGACCAGAUUACAUUGGAUUUCAUCCCAUUGAUAUCCACUUAUUGUUAGUAUGGAAAAGAUCUUGGAACUUAUAUUUUCACCAAAAUUAUGCAGUUUUCAUUUAAUCA